UAUUGAGAUAGUUUUAAUAGUAUAUAUUUCCCGCAGAUGUUAUCGGUUAUAUUUCUAUGAAACUGAAAAUAAGAAAGAUGGCAGCCUCCAUGAUUUGAUUUCAAAACGUGUACACGGGGAUUAUAUUAAUGAGCAAAAAUGAGUAAUAUUUAUAUUCAGGAACCUCCAACAGAUGGAAAGGUGUUAUUGGUUACAUCGGUUGGAGAAGUUGACAUAGAGCUGUGGUCCAGAGAAGCUCCAAAGGCUUGUCGUAACUUUGUACAGCUAUGUCUGGAAGGAUACUACAAUGGUACCAUAUUCCAUCGGGUGGUAAAGGACUUCAUUGUACAGGGGGGAGACCCAACUGGGACCGGAGAAGGUGGAGAAUCUAUCUACGGAGCACCAUUUAAGGAUGAGAUCCACAGCAGACUUCGCUUUGUGCGACGUGGGUUGGUAGCAAUGGCAAAUGCAGGUCCUCAUGACAAUGGUAGUCAGUUUUUCUUCACUAUGGGAUCUACUCCAGAAUUACAGAACAAACACACCAUAUUUGGAAAGGUUGGUGGAGAUACCGUUUACAACAUGAUACGACUUCAGGAGGUGGAUGUUGACAGCAACGAUCGUCCUACAUACCCACUUAAGAUAAAAAACACAAAGGUGCUUUCAAAUCCAUUUGAUGAUAUUGUGCCCAGACUGAAGUCAAAUGAAUCCGAGGAAAGUGAUUCAAAGUCUAAAAGCAAGUCCAAGGGAACAAAGAACUACAGUCUGUUAUCGUUUGGUGAGGAGGCAGAGGAAGAUGAGGAGGAAGUAUCCGUGGCAGUGAAGGAUAUGAAGGGCAAAAGUAAGAGUAGCCAUGACCUAACAGAUGAUCCCAAGUUAAGUUCACAACCUGCUGUGUCAUCGGAUCGUAAAAAAAGGAAAAUGGAGGAAGAUGAUGAGGAGUCAGAUGAAGAAGGCAACAAAUCCUUGAAAGAAUCAAUCCAGAAAAAAUUAAAAUCCAGCUCUGAUAUUAGUAUGAAAGGAAAACAUUCUAUAGACCUCAGUCCUCCUGAUGAACCAGCUGAAAAGUUAUCAAGAAAGGAACAGCUGAGGAAAGAAGCAAAACAGCUGAAAAAAGAGUUAAAAGGAUCCACAGAAAAGGACGAGAAUAAAGUCGACAAAACGGAGACAGAAAAACAUCAAGAACCUGUUAAUGAUGUUGUGGCAAGCUAUCUGAAGGAAAAACAGAAGUACCAGGAUUUAAAGAAACAACAAUCCAAGAAAGGAUCCAGUCGGGAGACUGCUACCAUGGAGCUUCUAUCUAAGUUCCAGAACAAACUUAGGUCUGCAAAAGUGGUGGGAGGGGAUUAUGAAGAGGAGGCCGAGGAGGAGGAGGAGGAUGGAGAGGAGGACCCUGGUGACAUGUCCUGGAUGAGACAUACCCUGAAGUUUGAGUCGGAGGAAAGCAAGAGGAAGGUCAUUGAUGCAAAUGUGCAAGAAUUGGACAGAUAUGACUUUAUUGAUCCGAGAAAUCCUCUCAACCAGCGACGACGAGAAGCCAGCAAACAAGCAAUGAAGGCUAAAAAGAAGUGAAACAACAGUGUUAGUAAAUGUCAUGAAUGAGAGAGAAUUUUAAAGUUGAAUGUAAAUAUCAAGUUGAAAAAGUGAACAAUAUUUAGAGUAACUGUAAAUGAGACAGAAAUGUUGAUGAUGGAUAAAUAAAAUGCUAUUGAAUAAUAAUAUUUAACCGCAAAUAAGCCUCCUCCUUCACCUGCAGAAUCAUCAAUAUUAAAAAAGUACAGGUAAGCUAAAAGUGGUUCACAAAUGAAUCCUCUCAAAAUGUUCUUACUACACUUGUACACCAGGGGCGGGGGAUUAUUUGAGGGGUAUUAAACUUGUACACCAGGGGAGGGGGAUUAUUUGAGGGGUAUUAAACUUUUACACCAGGGGAGGGGGUUAUUUGAGGUUAAAUAUUCAAGAUGCUUGUAAGUAUUCAACUCUAAGGACUUUCUGUUUGACAGUUGCAGCCUACAUGUGGCUGGCAUAGUAGAUUAUUUAUUCAGUGAGAAUAAAAUGAAGUCAGUAAUGAAGGUA